AUGAGGACGUAUGAUGGUGAAGGCUACAGGUUUGGAAUACGACUGGUUUGCUACUUUGUAAGUUGAGAAACAUUUGUAGGGUAAGAGUAAACCUUUAAUCAAUGAAUAGGUGGGGGGGGGGUUGAAAUUAAUAACCGUUCUUUACAGUUAUUAGUAUCGUUUGUAUUCCUAUUAGCCAAAUGCACUUUUAUUUGGCGGUCCAGACGGCAUGAUGAUAUUGACCAAAGACUACAAAAGACAAUCGUUAUAGUGAAUUAUGUACCCGGAUUUCUACUGGAUAUAGCUAUAGGAACUGCUGGCAUGCUUCACUCCAUUUAUGUAAGUUUUUUCUUUAUGUAAGUGUUUGGCACUUUACUUAUUGAAGAAUGCUUCGUUUUGGGCUAUCAUCUACUAAAAGUUGUUUUUGUAGAAAGUACAUUCCUUUUGUUAGUAAAGUUUUAACUUUAGGUUUUACGGUCAAUAAUGAAUAAAGUACGGACGUCCGAUUCGCGAUCGCUAAGUGAAUGUUAUGAAAUUCGGCAGACUAAAUGUACAUUACAAUGGGUGAAAAAGAUGCUUUUUGCUUAUCUGGGACUGUUUAUAUGUGUUCUGCCAUUUGCUUCGACUUUGUUUUAUUUAUACGUGUUUUGUGGACUUGAUACAGAUACCUUGGAAAUUCAAAUUCUUAACACGGUAAGUUAAUAACAUUUCACUAAUAGUAUAAUAAACACAAAAAUGGAACUAUCAACUUCUGCCGCCUACACAGAAAAAGUCAAAAAAAAGUAUAUCGGAGCUAUAGAACUUCAGUAUCGCUACGUACAGAAGAACUUCUGUAUAAUGUAUUGCUCGAGAAUUUAAAAGUUGUUUGUUAUACGUACAUUUUUUUAUAGAUAAGUUCGUUACACAUGACUUCUGAUGUGCUUUACGAAUAGUUAGGAACAAAGAUAUAACAAUAAUUAUAUUAUAUCCAACCUCUACGUUUAGAUCCUAACAAUGCUAGCAGAUGGCUACAACUUGGUAUCGACCUUGUUUAUGUAUUUUGAGUUUCCUCAACUAAAGAAAGCAAUCUAUCAGGACUUUUCCUGGAUACUACCUUCUAUUACAAAAAGUGCAUUAUCCAGAAAGGAAGAAACAAACGUGUAUUUUAUCAACUUCAAUAAGCUAAUUAACGGUAAUUCUGUAAAAAAAUUUUGAAAAUAAACAAAUUUGGUAUUCCAAUAACAUUUUUUUUGUAAAUAUUGCGGUAUAGUAGAAACAAACUUUGCAAAUGCAACGCGAUUGUUCAUGAAAAUUCCAAAAAUCAAAGCAAAUAAAUAUAUUAAAUGCACUUUACCUAUAAACCAAAAACUGUUGUGAAAAUACGUUUAACUCAAUUUAAAAUGCAAUUAAAUUACAAUUAGUGUUUACCUUUUCAUGGACUAGUCAGUGUGUGUUUUUGCUGUUAAAAAUUCUGGCAUUUGUUAAACUUAAAGCUACAGUCUCGACACGGAUUGACAAAAUUACAUUUACUUUAUUCAUUGUGAUUUGGGAGACUUAGUCGGAUCAUUUGCAGCGCUUCGUUACUUGCUGCGAGGGUCAGGUUAUACUCAAAAGGAUUUUUCUUUCCUUAUAUAA